GCACGGUUUCUUCCCAGCUCUUGCCUCCUUUCUUUUCUUCUAUCGCUUCCGCUGCCAUGGAGAUGCUUGGCAAGACCAUCGUCGAGGGCAAGACCAAGGUCGUCCACCAACAUGCCCGUAACUUUGACCAAGUGAUUCUCGUGUCCAAGGACCGCAUCACAGCUGGGGAUGGUGCGCGUGCUCAUGAGAUUUCGGGCAAGGCCAAGGUUGCCAACGACACCACCUGCACCAUCUUUGAGUUCUUGAACAGCGUUGGUAUUCCCAGCCACUUUGUCGCUCGCAGCGGGGACAUGAUGGUGGCCAAGAAGGUGCACAUGAUCCCGAUCGAGUGCGUGGCUCGCCGCGUUGCCUACGGCUCGUACCUUCGUCGUUUCAAGACGCCGUUCCCUGUGACGGAGGCCUACCGCUUUCCAACGCCUUGCCUCGAGUUCUUCUACAAAGACGAUGCCAACCAUGACCCGCAAGUGACCAAGGAGCAGCUCCUGAGCAACCCUCUUCUGCUUGACGAGGCCAAGCAGCUGCGGCUGACCCCAAAGUACGUGGAGCAGAUGGAGCUCUGGACCCGGGCCGUGUUCGAAACCCUGGAACGCGCUUGGGCCGUUCAAGGCUGCACCCUCGUCGACAUGAAGAUCGAAUUUGGCAUUGACAUGCAAGGCCGCCUCAUCUUGGCUGAUGUCAUCGAUAACGAUGCCUGGCGCGUGUGGCCCCAGGGUGAUCGUCGUCUGAUGAAGGACAAGCAGUUUUACCGCGAGCUCAAGACUGUGACAGAUGCCGACUUGACCGAGGUGCUUAAAAAAUACGAAUGGGUCGCCGAUGCUGUGCGCGGCUUCAAGGCCCGCCGCCCCACUGCCUGCAUCGCCGUGGGAGUGGACGCCCCAAACCUGAAGGGGGCCCAGACCAAGCUGCAGCACUACUCGGCCUUGACUCCAAUCAGUCUGACCGCACUCCAAACCAUCAGCGAACCCACAGUGGUUGUGACCUCUGCAGCGCUGUUUGCAAGUGUGGCAUCCAUCACGGCCUGCCCCGUUCUCAUUGCUGAUGCCAACACCGACUCGGCCGUGUUGCGGGAACAAAUUCUGCGUAUUCUGGCACGCGACGACCACGUGUUGUGGUGCAGCUUGCACGCAGAGCAGAUCGCCGCCACAGUGGCUGCCCAGAAUUAG